AUGAGCUGCGCCCCAUUGAUGGCGUCUGGCUCCCUGUGGCGGCUGUGCUUCGGAGCCCCGCGACCCCUCUCAGCUUAUGGAAGAAGAAUCAGUGUCAGAUUUUGCAGCUCAAGAAUGACUUUAGACACUAUCAAUCGGGCAGCUGUGGAUCGAAUUAUCCGUGUGGAUCAUGCAGGUGAAUAUGGAGCAAACCGCAUCUAUGCAGGGCAGAUGGCCGUCCUGGGUCGCACAAGUGUCGGGCCAGUCAUUCAGAAAAUGUGGGAUCAAGAAAAGGACCACUUGAAAAAGUUCAGCGAACUGAUGGUUGCAUUCAGGGUCCGGCCGACGGUUCUGAUGCCCCUCUGGAACGUGGUGGGGUUUGCGCUAGGCGCAGGAACUGCCCUGCUUGGGAGGGAAGGAGCGAUGGCCUGCACUGUGGCCGUGGAAGAGUCCAUAGCACAUCACUACAACAACCAGAUCAGGACACUGAUGGAGGAGGAUCCUGAAAAAUACGAGGAGCUUCUUCAGGUGAUAAAGAAAUUUAGGGAUGAAGAGCUUGAGCACCAUGACAUAGGCCUUGAACAUGAUGCAGAACUGGCUCCAGCAUAUGCCAUUUUGAAGAAGGCUAUCCAGGCUGGGUGCAGUGCAGCGAUAUAUUUAUCAGAAAGAUUUUAA